AUCUGUAUGUAUUCAUUUGAAUAUGAAUGUUGUUAAGGUUUACAGAUAGGCAAUUUACAGACGGUUCAUGUUGAUUCAGAUUAUGCUUGGGGUCUUACAGUUCUCGACUCAUCCACAAAUUCAAAGAUAUUCACUAAAUGAAAAAAGGUCUUUCGAAUCCUACAAUUUAACCUCCAACAGACCCCAUACUAUUAUUGGGGUUGAAACAUUGUACGGUUCUUCGAGUUAUACUAGCGCUUCUUCCUUUUCCCAGAUUUCACCUCCCAGGCUAAAUAAACAUUCAAAGAUUCGUGAAAGUAAUUUUUCAUUUAUUCCUAGUUUACUUUUAACCAUGGCUGAAGAAAGCUUAUUAAACGAAACAACUUCUAGGUUGGAUACUUUUGAUCUGCGCAGAGAUUCGACUUAUGGUUCUGGUAGAGUUUUUUCCAAUCUCACUUGCUUCACUAAUUGGAUUUCAAACAGAAGAGGUCUUACGAGACCGGAUACUAAUAUCUCGAUUAGAAUGGCAAAGAUCGAGUUAUUGCUUAAUGAAAAUUCAGAUAUUUAUUUAUACUCUUUCCAGGAAUCCUUUGAUCAGUUAAAGGAUUUGGUUAAGGAACUGUUACUUUUUGCAAAUGAAUGCUGUGAUUAUACUACUCAAUGUGAAUUUCUUCAUUUUUUGAAGAUUAAAUUCAAGAAAAUCAUUUUAUCGUUGAUAAUCCCUAACGUCAAUAGCUUACUGAACAUUUCGAAAAACCAAACUUUAAACACGAUCAAUUACCUAAUUGAAACAGUAUUUCAGUUGUCAGUAAAUUGUUCCGUUAAUCGAACAAGCAAUCACUCAAGUUACGAAGAACCAAUUAAUGUUUCGAUCGAUAGAGCAACUACUCUCAUGUUGAUUCGUUCAAUUGAAGGCUCGAUAUCAAGCUAUGAAGAGGAAUUGGAAAAUAACCACUCAAACUUGAAAGAUGAGCAUCUCGUUUAUAAUCUAAAAUAUAACAUUUCUGAAUUAUUCAAGUCAAUGGAAAUAGUUAUAACCAAUUCUGACCAGUGGUCUCUUAUUUUCGAAUAUCUAACAAUAAAGGUAUUGAAACAACAUUCAGCAUUAACAAACGAUUUCGAAUUUCUAAAAAUAUUUGUGAAAAGGCUACAAAACUUCGAUCAAAUCGUUUUCAGUCAAAAUAUAUUGAAUACAUCAUACUUUGAUCAGAAAAUUUAUAUGAAAUCAAUAUUUCAAGAGUUUAUUUUAAGGCUUGCUGAAUUUCCUCCUUGGUCUUUUCUUUCUAUAGAUAGUUAUAUUGAAAACCUUCAUCUCUUUUCAAAUGCUUAUAAUAACGUUUACGAAAAUGAACUUACUUUACAAAACACUUCUUCUCAUACAGUUAUUAAGAACUCUAAUUUUGAAAACUUCACCUUAGAUAGUGGAAAUUUUAGGCAUUUUCUAAAUAAACCAACUCUUGAAAUCACUGAUGAUGAGGUUGCAACUCAAUACGUAUCACAAGAAGGAAAAACCGAUUUAGAAUCAAUUGGAAAUCAUCCUCAUCCAGCAUGGAUGUCAAGAUUUGGCCCAAUGAAGCUUGAUACUGUGGAACCCUCGUUCAUAAGACGUUCCCAACCACAAUUGCAUAAAGCUGAUGAGGAUAAAGAAGAGUUGGGGCUUAAGAGAAACUCACGUUUCAUAUUUGAUUCUAUUGAGUUGAAUAAACUUAAACGUCGGGAGUUGGUCAAAAGUGGAACUAAUAUUGGAAUAUUUUCAGAUUGGGAUACUGAUGUUCCUCUAUUAUCAACUUCGUGUCCAGCUGUUUCAGCGCUGUCUUCAAAUGAUAAUUAUGUUCAUGUUGAAAACAUAAAUGAUAUCGAUUGUCUGGGGUAUGAAGCUCAAGAGAGUGAGCUAGACCAAAAUUUCUCGAAUGAAUUGAAGGUCAAAGAUUCCUCUUCACAACUAAGUGAUGUAGAGAAAGAUGACAAAAGAGUUUCUGUUAGUUUACAAGAGAGAAGAAUACAACAAGCUAGUAAAUCUUUUAAAGGACAUUCUAAUCAAGAGAAAAAAAUUCGUUUCAGGCAAGCUGCUUCUAAUAUACCUAAAAAGCUUAAAAAAACAUUCACAAAGCUUUUUAAAUAA